AUGGAUGAUCCUUCAGUAUUUGAUUCGUACAGAAGUCCUUUAACAAGUCGUUAUGCCAGUAAAGAGAUGUCUUAUAAUUUUUCCGACAAUAAGAAGUUCACAACAUGGCGAAAAUUAUGGCUGUAUUUGGCCAAGGCAGAAAAGGUAGAUUAUUGGUGUUUUAAAUAGUUUUGUUAUGUACUAGAUGUCCUAGUAGAGAUGCGUUUCACUAAGCACUAUCGUGCAGCAGAUGGUGGUGAACCUGCAGUUAUCAGAGUGAGAAAAUAAUGUUCAUUCUUUUCAUUAGAUGUAAAUUAAUAAUGUAAUGUAGUUAUCUUGUAUUUGGAGGCAAAUAAAUAUAAUUGAGAUACUGUAUGUGGUUUAAAGAAUCUAUGCCAGUGUAGGUAGUGGCAAUAAUGAGAAAAUACAAGGAGAACUUCGACAUUUCAAGCGAAGGACCUUCAUCGGGAUGUUAGUGGCUAACGUCCUAACCUGGGUAUCAGGCUCUAUUUUACAAAUGCUACUAACUCUUGACGAAGGGCCUUCGCUCGAAACGUCGAGUUUCUGCUUAUUUUUUAAGGUAGUAAUAUAACCACUCAGCACAGCAUUUUCACUUUGGUACUACCAACACAGACAGUUUUAGUUUUACAAAUAUAGCCUGACACAAACAUUAAUCCGUCAGCUUUCCACCCACAGCAAAGUUUAUAUUUAGUAUCCAAUCAAAAUGUUGCAGGAGAAAUUCAAAUUUCACACAACGACAACAACAACCUAAUUAUAGUUGUGAUCACUAUAAAAUAUAUCGUUAACAAUAGUAUAAUCCAAUUAGCACCAAUCAAUCAAAUGACAGAUUAAAAAAUGUUUUGCCUUGUAGACCAAUCAGAUUUACAACUGAAAUACGGUUGUAAGGCAUGGACUUUUGUUAAUGUUUGUAUCAGGCCUAUUUAUUUAUUUAUUUAUUUAUAGGCCUGAUUGCAGGUUAUAUCAAUCCCCAGCUUUCAGUUUAAUUAAUUAAUUAUCUUGCUAGAAGUGUCAACAUUUGCGAAGGUCACCAUUAUGUGCUACCCUGUAAAACGUUUCUGUAACACUUUCUAUAACUCACUAAUAUUCUGUCUUCAGGAACUGGGAUUAAAUAUUACAGAUGAACAAAUUUCAGAAAUGGAGAACAACAUAACAAAGAUUGACUACAAGAUUGCAGCGGAGGAAGAGAAGAAGAGACGUCAUGAUGUCAUGGCUCAUGUUCAUACCUUUGGAGCGUGUUGUCCCAGAGCUGCAGCAAUCAUCCAUCUCGGUGCAACUUCUUGUUAUGUGGGGGAUAAUACUGUAAGUGAUUAAAAUCAUGUUGGAACCUUAGGCAUUGACAUCCCCCACCCCCCUAGAGAUAUACUCCCCACCUGAAAAAGGUAUUCCCCUCACCACUGGCCAGAAAACAUGCUCUUUCCCACCCCUAUUUAGGUUUCUCCCCCACACCCUAGAUAAGCAUUCUUUCCCACAACCCUAUAUAGACAUUCUUUCCCACACCCCAUGACCCCACACUCUUUGAAGAUAUAUUCUCCCCCACCCCCUGAAAAUAUCCCCCUGCAAAGGCAGACAUGCCACCAAAUCUGUCAGAAAAAACAUGCCCCCACAUGCCCCCACCUCCAGAAAAAACAUGCCCCCACAUGCUGCAAAAGCAGUUGGGGGGGGGGGGGGACUUGAUGGAAGAAGGCAGUGAAUGUUUUUGUCUCUAUUUCAGGACCUGAUAGUUCUUAAAGAUGGCUUGAAUAUCCUUCUACCUAAAGUAUGUUAAAAUGAAGAAAAUAAUUGCACUUCAAAGUUGUACAUAUAAUGGUUGUUGUUUUGUUGACUGAUAAUAAGAGUCUAAAUGGAGCAUUGUUUUAAUCUAGUUGGCAAGAUGUUGUGAAAGACUGUCAAAGUUUGCCAAUGAACACAAAUCUCUUCCAACGCUUGGUUUCACUCAUUUCCAGUUAGUAUCUUGUUUUUUUAAUACACUUCAGUGUUUCAACUCACUGUAAUAUACUCCUUGUCAUGUAUGAUAUUCUUACAGGCCAGCACAGUUAACAACAGUUGGCAAGAGAGCAUGUCUGUGGAUAUCUGA